UGUGCGUACAGGGAGUCUUAAAGCAAAAUGAAUUGGCUAUCCUUAGUGUCUAUUUAAUUUUAAUUAGUUUCAUAUUUGGGGUUAAUUUAGGAGUUAAUUUUGUAAUCAUACUUCUGACAAAGAUAUAUUAUCAUUAAUGUAUACACUCAGAACUCAGAUAUGUUUCAUAGUGAAAUUAGUGCAGGUACAAAGUACACCACAAGAAUGCAGCAUUGAAAUAACUACCAAACAAUUCGUCGCAUUAUACAAGAUAAAAAAUGUUGCAUAUUAUUAAGUCGUCUAAAAUUAUUUCUAAAAUUAAUGUAUGUAAUGUAAGACACAUUACAACUCAAGUGGAAUUUAAAGAAGUGGCAAUAAAAGUUCCAUGGGGUCAUAUAUCUGGAAAAUGGUGGGGCCCUACUGACGUGCGGCCGGUGUUGACUAUACAUGGAUGGCAGGAUAACUGUGGAACUUUUGAUAGGCUAAUACCUCAUCUUAAUAAGAACAUAGGAUAUUUAUGCAUUGAUCUUCCUGGUCAUGGAUAUUCUUCACAUAUACCACCUGGCAUGUUUUAUCAUGUAACAAAUUAUUUGAUUUUAGUCCAUUAUUUGGUCAAAUAUUUUCAGUGGCCUAAAGUUUCCUUAAUGGGGCAUUCUUUAGGAGGUAUUACAUCAUAUUUAUAUAGCAUGGUAUAUCCCCAAAAUGUAGAUUUCGUAAUUUGUAUUGAUGCAGCAAAACCAAUGAUUAGAAAAAAUCAAAAUGUUCAUAUGGCAAAUACUAUUGAGAAAUUCUUAAUUUAUGAAAAGUUUACAGAUAGUGAUAUGGAGCCACCUAGUUAUACUAUAGAAGAAAUUAAAAAAAAAAUUAGCACACCAAAUAACGAUUCUGUGAUGUUGGAAUAUGCUCAUCACUUGAUAGAACGAAAUGUUGCUCCUUCAAAACAUCACCCAGGAAAAUAUUAUUUCACUAGAGAUCCUAGAUUAAAAACUGGCGGACUUUUAAAUUUUUCGCAAGAUGAAUUGACUGAAUAUGCACAAUAUAUGGUGAGUCCAAUAUUUAUUGCAAAAGCAAAGGGAGGCUCAUACUAUGAAGCUAAAGAAAACUUUUAUGAAGUUUUAGAUGUGCUUAAAAGAAGUAGUGUUGAUUGUGAUUUCCAUUAUGUUGAAGGAUCUCAUCAUGUUCACCUAAACAAUCCAGAAGUAGUAGGUCCUUUAAUUAAACAAUUUAUACAAAGACACAAUAUAGAAGAUCGUAGUAUAGGUGGUAUCAAAGAUGAAAUUGUUAACAAUAUUAAGACGUCUAAUAUGAAGUUGUAGUGUCAGUAAUUCUAGAUAUUAAUAACAAUGACAAGUUAUUGUUAUUUAUUGAUCACAUUUCGGUAACCAUUUUUGACGAGUUUUUCCAAAUGCGCAUUUAUCUCACUUCUAUUAUUUGUUGAUAUUUACUGAUAUUUAUAUUUUCUAUAGAUCUUUUAUAUUUAAACUUAAAUAUUUUGUAAUUCAACUUUACCCCAGUGGGAAGAAAAACAUAACAGUUGAUGUUAUGUUAACUCUAGUUUUAUAAUUCAGUCCAAGUAAUGCAAGUAGUAACGCUUACUAAGCAAAUAUAUAAAACGGUGAAAAAAAUAGCAUAAUGCGUUGCUAGGGGUGGAGGGCAUGGCCCCCCUAGAGGGCUCGGGCCCUCCCCAGAAAAAAGACAAUACAAUAAUAUAUUUUUGGUAGGAUUAGCAAGCUGACCAGCUAGCCCCUCAAAGCCCACCCCAUGAUUACAUUUUACACAUUGUUAUUUCCAAGUAUGUUCAGCAGACAAUUGCUCAUCGACGUGAUUUCUGAAUACCAAUGCUAAUGUAAAACUUACUUUCGUUUGGAAUAUACAUUAUAAACAAUAAACAAUCAUGAGCAGCAUUAACCCGGAAUUGAUAAAUUUAAAAUUUUCAAAUAUCUUUUAAAUCUAAAAAGACAUAUAAAAGGGACACCAUAUAAAGAAAUGUUUUAAGUAUUUUGCAACAUUGCAGAAAACAGAAAUGCCUCAAAUAAUUUUUGGCAGUAGGUAUAAUAAAUAUUUCACUGGGACAUUGUAGCAAAUAAAAAAAUGUUAUGCAAUAUUUUCAAUUCAACAAGUUAUGGGGAACACUUGAAAGAACUAGUUUUUAUUGUCUUUGUUUAAUUUUAAGUACAAGAAACAAAGAACAAUAAAAAAUUUGUUAGUAUAAUGUGUACUAUAAGCAUCAUUAGAUACAUUAUUUAUUUGCGCUUCAAUUUAUUAUGUCAUAUGCAAAAUGAGUACAUAUCACAAAAAAAGCAAAAAGACAAGGAAUAUCGAAAUUUGUAAAAGUGAGCUAAAUUUAUUUUUUUAGUUAUUAUUUGAAGUUAUUGACGGAUGUAAAGACAUUCAAACAUGAGUGAAAGGUGUUUCUAUGAAUUAUUGUGAUUAAUUAAUCAGUCCUUAACCCUCAACCAAAAAGAAGUGAAAUUUUACCUUAUUAUUAGUUAACUUCUAAAAAAUAGUCAGAAUGUGUAGUUUUACAUUGUAAAUAUUAGCAGAAGAAUCAUUAUUUUAAUUAAAAUUAGGGCUUAUUUGAUAAAUAAAUAAAAAUUGAAAAUAUUAAUCAAAUUAAAUAGAUAUAUCUAUUAAAGUAGUAGGUAUUUAACUACUUUAUGAAAAUUACCCUUAUUCAAAGAUAAGCCCAUUUGUGAAACAAGGUAGUGAGUAUUUAUUAAUUUAUAAACAGCUUCACUAGGGGCUGCCUAGCUGGGUGUCUUGGCCGGUGGAUUUCGAUCUGCCGAGUUAAGCAUCACGGACGCAGGCUAGAACUUGAAUGGCCUGGGUUGUUCAACACCUUCCACGUGCGUGUGGUCCCCGAUAAAAAUGGUAAUGAGAAUAGAGCAAUAAAUCUCUGUAACUUAAGACCAUGCUAUCAUACAUUAAAAACUGUACGAGACUUUGCCACCAAGCCACCCUUGUAGUAAUAGGAUGGUUUGAUAAAAAUACUCUAGUAAGGAAGGAGGUUGUACAAGGGGCCUAAUGAGGCCUAAAUGCCACGGUGGAAAAGCAAUUCCACCACCCUCCGACAUACAGACAGGAUAGGACAGGACAGCUUCAUUACCAUAUCACAUCAUAAAUAAGAACUUUUUUCUAUAAACACGAGCACACAACUAUAAUCACUACAUGCAAAAACUAAAAUCGUUUAAAAUUGCUAAACUGACCAUCUUGUACUACUUUCACAAUUAGCAACAGAAAUUGGCCGUCUUGUACUUCUUCCACUAUCCACUACAAGAUAGUAUAAUUUUUGUAAUUUGAUUUAUUGUUGUUUGUUCCAUUAAAUAAAAGAAAUCAUACUUGCAAUGUAUAAAUUUAAUUGAUUGCAAAUUAGAUGCCUGUUAUUGUUAUAUUUGGCAGUGAUAAUGCCUUUGAUCUAAAAAAUUACCCAUACAAAAACUUAUACUUAUAUACAUACUUAUAUAGAGAAUAUUAUUGAUAUUAUAAAUGAAUUGCUUAUUACUUAUUUUGUUUAUUUAAAAUAUAUGCCAAUAAAAAUUUAUUAAAAGCUCUUGUUUCAA